GUUCAGUUUUUGCCAGCGCCGCGUUCGGUUCUCUUCUCCGAUGCGAAUUAAUUUUUGGGACUCUGUCGCGCCGAUUUGGGUUAUAUAAUGUCUUGGAAAUUCAGCAUGGAACAACCCAAACCCGGAACUGAAACCGCUUUAGAAGCCUGCGAUUAUUUCGUGGAUGAGGUCAUUGAGGCAUCCUCAAUACGGGAUGCCCGGGAGGAAGUGCGUCAGAUCAAACACGGAGAACUAAGAACGGCAGUAAGCUCUGGAGAUGAGAGGACUGUACGGGUCCUGCUGGCGGCCCUGGGAGCCGAGCGACAGAUUAUAGUCAAUAUGGCACCUUCAGGAGCGAAUACUCUACUUUUCAUAGCGUGCCAGUGUGGUUACGAAAGCAUCACUCAGAGGCUUUUGGAUGCUGGAGCGGACGGUCGUUCCCAUGCCGUCACCAAGUACUCACCCUUAUACGGCGCUGUUCACAGUGGUCAUUUGGGAAUCGCUCGGUUGAUGCUGGAUCGCUUUCCAGAACUUAUUCAACAACCGACUGUCGAGCGUUGGCUGCCUCUGCAUGCCGCCUGCAUUAACGGACACAUCAAGCUUUUGGAGCUCCUUAUUAGCUACUGCUAUCCCGACUACCUCUAUCAGACAUAUCGCGACGAGGAAGGCCAGUGGGAAUGGCGACUUCCCUUUGACGCAAACGCUCACGAUGUGACGGGUCAGACCAGUUUGUAUAUAGCCAGCAUCUUAGGCAAUAAGCAAUUGGUAGGGGUUCUUCUUAAGUGGCAACUCCAAUGCAGGCGCACAUUGGGUGAUUCGGCCAGCUCAGUGAGCACCCCUAUCACACCUACCAGAAAACGCAUUUCGUUUGGCAUCCAGGCCAUCAUGUCCAAGCUGCACAUAUCUGGCGAGUCGGAAGGUCUCGAUGAGCAGGCUUCCCAAGAGUCUACUGAAUGUCAAAGAUGUCCCAUCAACGUUAAUCUGCUGUGUGGAGCGGCGAGGGAAACUGCUUUAUUAGCGGCAGUUCGGGGUGGUCACCUAGACGUUGUGCAGGCUCUGCUGCAGCACGGAGCAAAUCCGAAUAUUGUGGCCAGACCAGUUGAAGAUCACAACGACCCGAAGUGUUGUGAGGAAAUAUACGGGCUAAGCAAUGUUCCUAUUGCAGAGGCCUGCAAACAAAGAUCCCUGGCCAUGUUGGAUAUUUUGCUGAGACACGGAGCUCGCGACGACAAUGGUACGGCCAUCGGGAUGGCCAUUACUGGCGGCGACGAAGCCAUCUUGAGCCGCCUUUUGGCACGACGUGUCCAUCCGGACUCUGACUAUAAAAUCAAUAAAAAGGGCCUUCCCACACCGGUGGAGGUGAACGUGUUUUUGCCGUCCACUAGCAACAUAUCUUACAGCGCCAUGUUUCCCAACGUACCGACCAUUAUCGACUGGCACAGCUUGGGUUCCAGCGUUCAAUUGUCAGUGGUGAGGAUUCCUUGGAUGGUCAGUGGAGUUUUGCUGCUGAAUCCAAAACUGCAGUCACAUCCCCGACUUAACGAAGUUGCUUUGACUGCAAUCACGCGAAUUGAUUUCUCGCAUAAUAUCCUAACGGCCAUUCCGCAGGAAUUGUUUCAUUUGGUUAGCCUAAAAUAUCUGAAUGUGGCUCAAAACAAGAUCACUGAUUUGCCUUCACCAAUGGGCAAGUCAUAUGGUUGUCCCGUUCUGGAUGAGCUUUUCCUGCAGGACAAUCAGUUGACAGCACUACCGGCCGCAAUCUUUCACCUUCCCGCCCUAUCUAUUCUGGAUGUCUCAAACAAUAAGCUUCAACAGCUUCCAUUUGAUCUGUGGCGGGCGCCCAAGUUGCGAGAACUAAAUGUAGCCUUUAACCUAUUACGGGAUCUUCCUGUGCCGCCAAUGCAGACGAGCAGUUCAUUGCUGAGCCUGGACAAACUCCAGCUGCAGACAUUCGAGGAGUCCCCGUCAAAUAAACCACGUAAUGUGACGCAGCAGAGGCUUACCCAUCGGAAUCUCUGGUCGGCUACGUUGGAGAUAACAGACAAUGAUAUGAAGUGGCAGCAUGAAACGGAUUUCGGCGAUGGAAAAACACCUGGUGUGGGCUCCUCCCAGCUAAGUAGCCUGAAUAUAGCAAAUAACCUUUUUACCAGUAUACCUGCUGCUCUGCCCUGUUUGGCGGUCAAUUUAACCAGGCUAAAUAUGUCGUACAAUAGUCUGCGUUCCAUGGGGCAUGUAACUAGUUAUCCGGCGACGCUAAAACAGUUAGAUCUAAGCCACAAUGAGAUUUCAUGUUGGCCGAGUUUGCCACGAAUUACCGAAUCGGAUCCGCACCUACUUUGCUAUAGUUGUGUCCAGCUGCCGGAGGGUCGCGAGGAAGAGCAGGCUUACAAGACGUCUUCCUCAAAGGGUAGCUCCUCCUCCGCCACAUCUUUCCGUGCCUCGGUGUUGAAGAGUGUUUGCAGACAUAGGCGACACUUACGCUUAGAGUCGUUACGUACUUUGAUAUUGGCGGACAACCUACUCACCCGCAUCCAGUUGUCAACUGACGACGCCACAACGUUGUUUAAUGAAAGCGAGGACGCCGAUUGGAGUGUAGUGGGUGUUAACCGUUCAAAGGUUAUAUUUCCCAACCUGUCUAUGCUGGAUAUGACUAACAAUUGUCUGAAAGAGAUUCCCGCCUCGUUACACGAACUAAGCAGUCUAUCUGUGUUAAAUAUUAGUGGCAACGUGAAUAUUACUGAGCUGCCGCCGCAUUUGGGUCUUCUCUCGCGGCUUUGGAAUCUUAACACGCGUGGUUGCCUUCUGCAGGAACCACUACGAUCUAUGAUCGAGAGCAAGAAGCACAAGACGAUGGAUAUCGUGGGAUACCUUAAGUCUAUCUACGAGGAUGCCCAGCCUUAUGCACGGAUGAAGCUUAUGGUAGUGGGGGUGGCUGGAAUCGGUAAGAGUACACUGCUAGAUUUGCUUCGGCAGGGAGCAGGCUCAGGUUCCAGUUCCAGUUCCCACCGAUCUCGCGCUAGUGAGAAUCAUUGGGCCAAGCGAAUGGGCCAUGCACGCAGCACAUCUCGAUCGCAUCGUCAUUCAUCAGCCUCCAGCGCCAAUAUAUCCACGGUAGGCGUCGACAUUGGAACUUGGCUUUGUGAAAAGCGAAAGCGAUCACCCGGUUCUCAUGGCCCGGUGGUGUUUCGAACUUGGGAUUUUGGCGGCCAGAAGGAGUACUAUGCCACUCACCAGUACUUCUUGUCCAAGCGUAGUCUGUAUCUGGUGCUGUGGCGCAUUAGCGAUGGCCACAAAGGACUCGCUGAGUUGCUACAGUGGCUGGGAAACAUUCAAGCAAGAGCUCCCAACUCUCCUGUAAUCAUUGUCGGUACACACUUUGAUGCGGUCGGAGAAUCUAUCUCUCCGCAGAAAGCAGAGCAACUGCAGCAACUGAUACGUGAAAAGUUCAUCGCUAUUCCUGAUGCGGAAAAAAUUGGGCUGCCUCGCGUAAUUGACUCUAUCGAAAUAAGUUGUCGAACGCUACACAAUAUUCAUUUAUUGGCCAACAUCAUUUACGAUACGGCCAUGCAACUGCGAUCGCCUGGUUCUAAGGAGCCGAUGCUACUGCAGAAGAUCCCUGCCAGUUACAUUGCCCUGGAAGAUAUUGUUAAUGUGAUUGCCUGUAAUCUGCGACAGGCUGGCCGAGAUCCCGUCCUUGAUGGUGAGCAAUACAGACGCUUGGUCACCGAACAAAUGCGACUCCACAACUACAAGAGCUUUCGGGAUGCCGCUGAACUACAGCAGGCCACCACAUGGUGUCACGAAAAUGGAGUUCUGUUGCACUACGAUGAUUCCACGCUGAGGGACUAUUACUUUCUCGAUCCACAAUGGCUUUGCGACAUGCUGGCCCAUGUGGUCACAGUGCGGGAGAUCAAUCCAUUUGCUCCCACGGGUGUAAUGAAAUUGGAUGAUCUCCAACUGUUGUUUCGAAGCGUUCAGCUUCAAGGGAAUGGAAACCGGAGCUACAUUGUCAGCUUAUUGAACAAGUUUGAGGUGGCAUUAACAUGGGACUCUAGAACGCUACUAAUUCCUUCACUGCUGCCAUUGCAAGAAUCAGCUACACCCAACACUGGAAGUACAGUAAAGCUCUCUCAACGUUCCCGCGGUCGCAGUUUGGGUUGCUCCGUCUCGCAGGAAGUGAAUCUUAAUAGUUUGAUUUAUGAGCAGAGAUCAUCUCUGACUUCACCAUCUUCUUCUACGGCUAGUCAGGGUUUACGGCGUAUUCUUUUGAUGACUUAUUUCCCUUCCGGGUUCUGGUCGAGACUAAUCACGCGGAUUCUGGCUGAUGAGCAGAUAAUCGAGGCAAUCCGUGGUGCUUAUGUGCCUUCCCAAGAUAAAUAUGUGGACUUUGAUAUACGCACUUCGUUGGAGCAGGACACCCAGUGGAAUUUGUGGCAAACAGGUUUAGCUCUUUACUACGGACCAAUCUUAAUAUUCAAGAUCUGGGAAGUGCCCUUUCAAAACACUGAACGAACGCAACCUUUCCGCACAAAUGGCAACCGUUUUAAGCUGAAAUUAGAUGGCAUCUGGAGCGAUGUGAAUCUGAGCUCUUCUAGCAUUCUGGAAGUUUAUUUUCCACUUCACGAAGUAAAUAUAUCCCAGGAAGUGGACGACCGGGAACGUCAGUUGCUGGCCGAGCUUCAGCCGCAUAUGUCCCAGGUGGCAAAGCUUUUGGCUUUGGCAGUGGAUCACAUUGAUUUGCUUUUAGAAGACUGGUAUCCUUCGCUGGGAACACGGUUUGUGCACACAUCGGAGGGCCGUUUCCUAAUCACUCGUUUGGUGUUGUGUCCCCGCUGUCUUUGGAAGCUGCAGUUGCAGCACAGCAACGAACCGGCAGAUCGGGAGCUACCCCCAAUGGGAUGCAAUAGACCAAGUCGAAGUAGUAGACGUGGAGCUGGAGCCUACUUCCUGCACGGUGUAGGUGAUCCUGGUGAAGAUGGUGCUUUAAACGUAUUCUCGGCGUAUUUGAAUGCCACGGCAAGGAGAGAGCGUCGAUCAGAGGAUUCUUUGGGGGCUGGAUCGGAUGCAGACUCGGGCGUGGGUCCCGAUUCCGCCGGUUCUUCGCGCAACACUUCAGUGGACGGACAUCCUGGUUAUUACCUGCCUGAUAACUCAAACGUUUGCUACGCGUGGAUGAUUGAAGAGUGCAUAUUGUCCGUGUACAAUCAAAGCAAAAUCAGCUGCCCUGUACACCUUGAACAGUCUAUGGCUCAGUUAGCUCCAGAUGUUAUAUUUGCCGAUAUACCCGAUAAGCACACUAUUCCAAGCGAGUGCAUCAUAAAGGGAUCGCUGCUUGGUCGAGGAGCUUUUGGAUUCGUCUUCAAAGCAAAUUGCAAGAUAAGGGGUGCUAGAUCGUUUAAGGCGGUAGCGAUGAAAAUGCUUCAACCAGUACCUCCCGGAGCUCGGGCCAAGGAGAGUGCUUUGAUGGCCUUCAAGGUGGCUUUGGGCAAAUGGGACCGGGAUCCACUGCAGCACUCUUGUAAGGCCUACUGCACUGCUCGCCAGGAAUUGGCGGUACUUCUAACCCUCAAGCAUCCCAACAUUGUGCCUUUAGUGGGAAUUUGCAUAAAGCCAUUAGCUUUGGUUCUGGAACUGGCGCCUCUAGGUGGUCUGGACGCUCUGCUACGGCAGUACCGACGCAGUGGCGCACACAUGGGUCCGCAUACUUUUCAGACUCUAGUACUUCAGGCGGCUCGGGCAAUAGAGUAUCUGCAUCGCAGAAGAAUUAUUUACCGUGAUCUGAAGUCAGAAAAUGUCCUGGUUUGGGAGCUACCACAGCCACAUACCGAUGACAGCCCCCGAAAUCAUGUGCACAUUAAAAUUGCAGACUAUGGUAUCAGUAGGCAGACAGCUCCCAGCGGAGCCAAGGGAUUUGGCGGUACGGAGGGUUUCAUGGCCCCCGAGAUCAUACGCUACAACGGAGAGGAGGAAUAUACUGAGAAGGUGGACUGUUUCUCCUUUGGCAUGUUCAUAUAUGAGAAUAUUAGUUUACGACAACCCUUCGAGGGACAUGAGUCCAUUAAAGAGUGUAUUUUGGAGGGCAGUCGCCCGGCUUUGACUCAAAGGGAGACCCAGUUCCCAACUUGCUGUUUGGAUCUCAUGGUCCUGUGUUGGCACGAACAGCCGCGCCGUAGACCCACAGCUAGUCAGAUCGUAUCUAUACUUAGUGCUCCAGAGUGCAUUCAUCUGUUGGAUGUGGUUGCCAUGCCGCAUAGCGAGAAGAUUGUUUGCGGCGUAUUUCAGUCUAUGGUCGGCCUUGGUGACGAGGAACGGUGUGGCCUAGAGCUGUGGCUUCCGUCAUUCGGCUCCCGUAUCGACAUUUUGGACUGCACUCCAUCGGGAAAUCUGCUGCAGUGUAACAGCAUUAGUUGUUCUCCUCAGCCACAGGUAGCUCCACCUAAGACACCCGAAAACGGUGCCCAAUCACGAGCCCGUUCCGCUCAACGUUCGCCCAAGGUGAACAUGCUGUGCUGCUGCCUGGUGGGCGACGCUAUCUGGAUGGGUGAUGUUUCUGGCAACCUGCAUGCUUACCUCACAUCCAGCUAUGCUCACUUAUUUUCAUAUAUGCUCGAUCCGGCCAUUAAGUCUGCUGUGAUCAGUCUAGUCUACAUGGAAAGGAUAGCUCGCGUAGCCGUGGGCACACACAAUGGUCGGGUGUUCCUUGUGGACGCCACGCAAGUUCCCAGCAAUUGCGCCUUUGCCGAGGGUUCCUUUGUGCUCACGGAGAUUUGUUCUGGUUUUGUUUUGCACGCCGCUUGCUCCGUUUUUGUUGAUGGAACUUACGAAUUGUGGUGCGGUGAAAUAGCUGGAAAGAUAAAUGUAUUCCCAUUAAACGAGACCGGAGUGUCUGGUCAUCAGGCCCUGUGUCAUAGUGAGGAACCAAAUCUAAUCGAGGACGUCAAAGUGGCCCGCAUGUGCAGCAAUGAUAGUCAUGUCUUCAGUUGCUUGUAUCCUGGCUGUAUGGUGUAUCAAUGGGGAGUGGUUUCCAAACGAAUUGAAAACAAGCUGGACUGUUCAAAGCUACUGCCUUGCUCUGAAUCCUUGCAAAGUAUAGCGAUUGAUGAACAUGUAAACCUGAUAAAGUGUCAGAUCUCAGCGCUGGCAGCUCACGAUACGGAACUGUAUAUUGGAACUACUUGGGGUUGCUUAAUUGUGGCUGAGUUGCACACUCUGCGGCCUAUCAGCGUUUUCCGACCGUAUGAAAAUGAAAUAAAAUCCAUAAUAACGCUUUCUAAUGACAAGGUGCCCCUGAUCGCGACGAUCGGUAGGCGGUAUCGAUCUUUGAUCUCACGCUAUGUGGACUCCGCAGAAACAUCCAGCAUGUGCUCUGCCGUCAAUACACCCACACAUGGUGCAGCCAAAUCCGUGCCACCGGCGGAUGUGGACAAUCACAUCCACUGCCUGCUGUGGCGGGCCAAGCACUGGACCUAAAUUCGAUCUCAUUCGAAGUAUUUGUUGACGUUUUUAAUAAUACACUAACACACACGCAAUUGUUAAGAAAGGUGCUAGAUGUGAGGAAUAGUUGCUUGGAAAGAUUUUGUGACAGCCAAAUAGAAUCAGUAUAUUUUAUUUUUGGGUGGUUUAUUGAUCAAAAGUAAAAACAUUUAGUGUUUUUAUAUCUCAUUUAUAAAAGCUUUUUAUUUAGUUUGUUAAUUAAUGUUUUUUUCACUUCUUUAUUUAUUUAUAAUUAUUUAUUGUAUUCUGCAUUCUUGACAUUUCCAGUAGAGCUGAAUAAAAAGUAAUAUUGAUUCGAUAAAAGUCGCAA